AUGGUACGCAUAAAGCACCGCUACCUCCUAGUCGACAUUCUGUACCCUGAAUACUCCAAAUCUUUUUCGUCGUUAUCAUCAACCCCCCACCAUUUAAAAUUUCACCAACCGACCGCAGACACCCUCACACCGGGUCUAUUCAGCAAACUCUUGCGCGACACAGUCUCUGACCUGUUUGGCGACUAUGGCGUCGGAAAACUCGGCGGCGCUUCGUCGGGGAAUUUAAUCAUAAAAUAUUUGUCGCCCGCGACGUCAACGCUGAUAAUCCGCUGUCCGCGAGCUGCAUACCGUCUCGUAUGGGCUGCGCUUACAUAUAUGAACUCUGUGCCGAUUUCAACAAACACAAAACACAAGGAGACUCGAACUGCCGUGUUCCGCGUGGUCAGGGUAUCCGGGACCAUGCGCAAGGCCGAAGAAGAGGCGAUUCGGAGAGCGAGGAGGGAAGUGUUGAGAACCAAGGGGGCGGUGAAACAAGGGUUGGAUGGGUUGUUGGGGGGGAUUAUUCAAGGGGGAGAGGAGGGAGAGGAUUUUAUUGCGUUGGAUGUUGAUGAGGAUGAUGAGGAUUGA